UGGAUUCCUGAGGUUGGGGAUAAAAGAAAAGGUUUUCAGGGGUUUUACUUUUACAAGAUGUACAACAAAGCGAACCAGAAUUACUGACUACUAUCAUUAACCGGUUAUCUACUAACUGCCUUUAUUAGUUUUAUAUUUAACUAAUAAUGCACAUUUAAACUUUCUUUGAAGUUGUGGAUCCGAUAAGGGAAUACAAUCUGAUAAAGCAAGUCCUGUUUAUUUGUGCUCAUUUUCCUCGCUUAAACUCCGGGUUGAAGUUCAAAAGACUCAAAAAACUGUCCCGAACUAUACUCGUGUUACUUAGGAGCAGAUAAUUUUUCAUCAUAACAUGGAGCUGACGGCAAAAAGUCAUUCUGUGACCAUGAAUAAUGGGUUGAAAAUCCCUCUUAUGGGUAUAGGCACCUAUGGAGACCCUCAGAAGACUCCCAAAGGAACAGCGUAUAACGCAGUCAAGCUGGCCAUUGAGGUCGGAUACAGGCACAUCGAUGGAGCUUUAGUGUAUUUCAAUGAGCAUGAAGUGGGCCAAGCCAUUCGAGACAAGAUUGCUGAUGGAACAGUAAAGAGAGAGGAUAUUUUCUACUGUGGAAAGUUAUGGAACACAUUUCAUCCUCCUGAGCUUGUAAAGCCAGCACUGGAGCGAACUCUCAAAGCUUUGCAGCUGGACUAUGUGGAUCUCUACAUCAUCGAACUCCCCAUAGCUUUUAAGCCAGGAGAUACUUUCUAUCCAAAAGAUGCAACUGGGAAGUAUAUUUAUCACCACACAGACCUUUGUGCCACAUGGGAGGCAUUAGAGGCAUGUGUAGAUGCAGGGCUGGUAAAAUCCCUCGGAGUGUCUAACUUCAAUAAGCGGCAACUGGAACUGAUCCUGAAUAAGCCAGGUCUAAAGUACAAACCUGUGUCAAAUCAGAUUGAAUGCCACCCAUACUUCACUCAGCCUAAAAUGAUGGACUUUUGUAAGCAGAAUGAAAUUGUAAUUGUUGGAUACAGUCCCCUAGGAACAUCCAGAGACCCAUCUUGGGUAAAUUUAAAGUGUCCCCCUUUGCUGGAGGACAAGAUUCUGGUGUCCAUUGCUAACAAGUAUAAGAAGACCACACCACAGGUUGCACUUAGAUUCAAUGUACAGCGGGGUGUGGUGGUCAUUCCCAAGAGCUUUAACCCAGAGCGCAUCAAGGAGAAUUUUGAGAUAUUUGAUUUUUCUUUGACUGAUGAUGAAAUGAAAGCGAUCGAAGGGCUUAACAAGAACAUUCGCUUUGUGGAGCUUCUCAUGUGGAGUGAUCAUCCUGAAUAUCCAUUCCAUGAGGAAUAUUAAGAUAAUUUUCUAUGAGCAAAAA